AUGGUCAAUCUCCGACGAUUUUGGAAGGAAUGUGUUUUUACACUUGAAAUUCUAAUGUGUUUUAUCUAUGGUACAUUUGUAUUUGCGCAGGUACCGCUCGGAAUGGAAGAUGAAACAAUUCUCGACUCGCAGCUUUCGGCAUCGACGUUCACAGUUAAUCACGACGCCACGAAGUCCAGACUCAGGAGUUCAGGACCCGAAACAGCAUGGUGUGCCGGUAAUUUGGACGACUCACAGUGGUUGGAAAUUCAAUUCCAUGAACUUGUCACCGUGACAGGUAUUUCUACACAGGGGCGCGAGGAGGCAGAUGAAUGGACUGAGACAUACCGUUUGUCAUAUAAAACCUACGAGUACUGGCAAUUUUACACCGACGAUGGCGGCGACCACGAGGUGUUUACAGGUAAUACGGACCGAGAUACCGUUGUACCUAACUCGUUGCCACGAGCCGUGGAAGCAGAGGCUAUUCGCAUCCAUCCACUCGGUUACAUCGGCGGUAUGUGCCUACGAGUUGAAGUAAUCGGAUACAGAAUGGGUCCACCGAAGGCUGUCAUUCUACCACUAGGCAUUACGUCUGGUGCCAUUCUGGAUGCACAGUUAACUGCAUCAAGCGUAUUAAAUGAUGGAAUCACAUACGAAGCGUUUAAAUCCAGAAUCGGUACAACCCACGGGACAUCGGCGCAGGGUUGGUGUGGAAUCGAACUAGCAGGAGAAUGGAUUCAAGCCGAUUUGCUGGUGCCUGUUUGGGUGACGAGUAUCCGAAUUAAGAUGGGCAAGACUAAUGACAAUACAAACUCUUUUAUAAGAUCAUUCUAUGUUCUGCACAGCAACGAUGGGACACAUUUUGAAAAUGCAUUAUCUGCAAGAAAUAACAAUGAGAAUUUCGAUGGUGUUACGGGAACGUUACUGUCAGAUGUUACUAGGGAUUUGUUGGAACCAGUCUUUGCCCGGUAUAUACGGGUUGAGGCUUACACUAGCGAUCAUCAAUGUUGUACUCUAUGGGAGAUCAAUGGAUAUAGCGUGCCAGAUAUUGGUGAAGCGCUCGGAAUGGAGAAUAAUAUUAUAACAGACAGUCAAGUUACUGCAUCCAGCCAAUCAGCAACUAGUGCCCCAGAACGAGGCAGAUUAAAUUACAUGAACGGUGACGGGAUGUCUGCCUGGUGUGCGCAGACGAACGACGCAAAUCAGUGGCUGCAAGUUGACUUUGGUGCUCCGAGUCGAGUGACUGGGGUGACAGUUCAAGGCAGGGGUGACACUUCUUCUGAUGAGUUCGUAACAUCGUUUUCUAUCACAUAUAGCCACGAUGGUAUUAAUUGGUCACCAUACUUGACCGAUACAGGUCAACAAAAAGUUUUUCCAGGCUCUUACGAUAAAGACACGCCAGUUACCAAUCCACUUUUACACAACUAUCUCGCUGCUCAGUAUACUCGACUGCAUCCUGUUACCUGGCAAACAGCUAUCUGCAUGAGAAUUGAGCUCUUAGGUUAUUCCAAUCCAGAUGUCACAACUCCCCGAUAUGAUGACUUUGGUGUAAACGCAAACGAUAUGACUAUACCGACAUCGUCAAUAUCAGCGUCUUCCGAAUAUGAUGGUACACAAAUCGCCGAUAGUGGAAGACUGUUUGACGAUGUAUCGGCUUGGAGACCGGCGAAUAACGACAUGACUCCGUGGUUGCGAGUCAAUUUAGGUACGACUGCUAUGGUAACUGGGUUGAUUACCCAGGGUCAUCCGGUAGUGUCAUCGUGGGUAUCUGCGUACCAGCUAACAUAUAGUGAAGAUGAAGUGGAGUGGUUCUCGUAUACAGCGAAUAUCAGUUCUAACUAUGAUAAGAACACCGCUCUGGUAGCGAUGUUGAUUAGUCCCGUGAGAAGUCAGUACGUACAGGUGAAUGUAGUCAACAGUCAAACAGCGGCUACUCUAAGACUGGAAAUCCUCGGCUACCCAGCUGCACCUCUAUAUUCAACCACGGUACCUACACCUGAAUUGACCUCAAAUGACAGAAUACAGAUCAUACAGCAAGCUACUCAGAUAUCUCCUAUUUAUGGUUCAGUCAUGUACAAUAACGACGUACUCGAUGUAAUCAACGACGAGGCCUUGUACAAAAUUAAAGAGAUUAUACAAGAUAAAGAAACCUGGACUUUACUGGAACUACAAGAAGUUAUUGCUAUUCUUGGUGUCUGCGCCGAUACUCAAGAUGUAGACAAUUUCUUCUCAAUUUCGGAUUCUGUUCUUGGUCUCGACCUCUCGAAAGUCACUGACAGUCAAACGAUGAUAAAUGAAAUGCACAGUAAUAUCAUGAAAGGCAUGGAGGGGUUCGCAGAAAGCAUUGCCACAAACAUGAUUGGAAACGAGGUUACCAUGGAUGGAGUAAAUAUCGAUAUCCGAAUCACGACCUUAUCGCCUGACGACGUUGACCCGAGUCUGAAUCUACUUACUGUGUACGAUCAAACGGAGGAUAACAGUAUCACAAUUCAUCUGACUGAUACAAGUACUGCACAGAUUGGUAACGAAGAUGUGAAGUUAUCAGUAAUCGUGUAUAAGAACAUGCACAACAUCAUUGGCGGCAAGAUGGAAGGAGGCCAAGCAGAAGUCGAUGCAGCCAUCGAGACAUCCGUCGUUAGCAACGUCGUGUCUUACAUUAUAGUUGGUGGUGGUGUCGAUGUUGCCAGCUACGUCAACGAAGAAAACCCCAUGUACCUCAAUUUUGUCAACGCACAGGAACCACCCGAUGAACACGUCGAUAUAUGCGUUUAUUGGGAAUUCCACGAAAGUUUGCCUGGAGGCAUAUGGUCUACUGACGGUUGUGAACUGUACUCCAGCACCUCGUUAGACACCACGUGUCGCUGCAGUCAUCUUACUAACUUUGCCGUCCUGAUGCAGACCACCACAGAUCGGGCCAUAUCUGACUCUCACUCUCUUGCUUUGGAAUUGAUAACUUACAUCGGAACCAUAUCAUCUAUCAUAUCCUUGCUGUUCAGUAUUCUCGUUUACGCUUAUCUAAGAUUACUGAAAAAUCAACGUAUAAUAUUACAUGCAAACCUCGCCUUAUCUCUGGCCAUAGCUCAACUUAUCUAUAUCAGCGGUAUUGGUGCAACAUUCAAUCAGGGACUUUGCACCAGCAUCGCCGUGGUCCUGCACUACUUCUUUCUCGUGUCCUUCAUGUGGAUGUUACUAGAGGGCGUUCAGCUGUAUACCAAAUCCGUCCACGUUUUUGGUCAGGGGAUACGAACGUGGGUGUUCAUGUUAUUAGGUUGGGGCAUACCGGUGAUUAUUGUGGGUAUUAGUUUUCCGAUCAGACCUGAGGAAUAUGGCACCGAAGACAGAUGUUGGUUAUCCACGGAAAAGGGCCUUAUAUGGGCAUUUGUUGUUCCUGUACUGGUUGUCAUUGCGGUUAAUAUAUUCGUACUCAUCAUGGUCAUCCGGGUAUUUAUGACACUAAAAGCUAACGCUGACAAAACAGAGAAAGAACGAAUGAAGGCCGGUAUGCGGGCGAUAUUGAUGUUACAGCCUCUGUUGGGUCUAACAUGGUUCUUUGGUUUUAUUUCGUCAUACGACCCCAGCCUGCUCUUCAACUAUCUCUUUGUCAUAUUCAACUCUCUGCAGGAUCUAACGAAAAUAAACGUAGAAGAAAAGAAAAAAGCUCACCCAAAUGAUACAUCUGCCAGUAUAUCAGCGCCAAGGUUAAGUUUGCUGUCAAAUAACGCAAGUCCGUAUACCCUCAACGCAAAUGGGAAAGUUCCCGAGGACAAGUCUGUGUUUCACCGAACGGACGAAAGAAUAUCACAACAUGUGAAAUAUGGCCUAGCGCCACGGAAUAUAAACUAUCAUGUUAACUAUGCCGGAUAUCCCCCUGAGGCUACCAGAUCUCGAAGUCGGCUACACCGAUUCGUCUUUCGUAAGAAUGGAAAAGAAAAGAACACAUCGAACAGAAAAAAAUGGGCAAAUGAGACGCGGGAUAGAGAUGUCUUAUUGGCCGUCGAUGCAAGUUAUGACGGUCAGGAACAUUAUGAUCGCGACUCGUUCAAGUUCACCGACUGGGUCUUUGGCGAGACAGACACUGAUAUCGUUGAUGACAUUCAAGUAUAUGCGAAAAACGUGAGAAAAGAAGUCCCUCUGCGUCGAAGUGCUUCCAUGAAUGCGCCGCGGUGUCGUCAAAAUAUCCUUUCCCUGAAACGAAGUUCCUCGUUCAGGAUCGAUUCCCAGGGAAACAGCGAGGAGAGCAGCGGUGCUUGCAGUGAUUGGGAUACAGGGAGUGAUUUCACAGCCAAUACUGUGGGAUACAAUCCAGUUUUAACCUCUAACUCUAGUUUACUAAAUAUUACAAAAAUAAAUAAACCAUUGCUACAAAAAUUACGUGAAGAAAUUCCUCUCAGAGAAAUGAAACGAGCUGCGUCCAUAAGUACAUUAUGUAGUAAUACUAAUAUUGAUAACUCUAGCUGCUUAUCUACUGAUUCUGGAUUUUACACAGCCAGUACGCAUGUUUUUGAAAAAAGACAAUUAAACGACGAUACAUCGUUGGGAAACACUGUAAAGCUAGCGUCAAAGACCAACGUUAAGAAAAAAAAAGGUAGGAGCUUAUUUGGGGGGAAAUCAAAGAAAAAAGGCAGUGAUUCUGAGAGUGAAAGUAAAACUGAUGCAGAACAUGGAGUAGCCAAAAAUGGUGGAUUAACCGCUGAUGGUGGUAAACAUGCGGAUGAAUCAAAAGAUGUGUUGAGUGCAACUUUGAAGAAUGAAAAACUCGGAAACAAUGUCAAGAAUGUAAAAUCAAAUUCUUGUAAAGUUGACAGGACACCCAAUUCUGCAACAUUGGGGGCUGGUGGAUGUACUGUGCAACGAACUGAUGUUCCUUUACACGGUGCUAUGCAUAUGUCAAAGUCUGGUGCAAAUUCUGCUGAUUCAACAGAAAAUAAAACUGGCAAGUCAGCAACUAUUGCAAAGAAAGGUGCAUCACAUGAUUCUGGUAAGAAAACUCGUAUCCCCGUUAAAAAUAUAGCGAGUUCAUCCACUUCUUCACAGACACCAAAGUCCACUAUGACUGAUAAGCAUUUGCCGAUUGCUGUCUCACCAGGAAAAAUGUUACAUAACGGAACUGAAAAUCGGGCUGUUGUCGGAAAACGUAAUGAAAAUCAAUUUCUGAGGGGUGGAAGUCUGCGUGAAAAGCAAAAAAAGGAUCAAGAAACAAAAUCUUUGCAGCGAAUGAACAGUUUACCAUUGAAAAAAAUGAAUGGAAGUAAAAAGAAACACAAAAAAGAACUAAAAAAGUUGGCCUGUCUUGAAGAAAGUAGCAAAACUCAAGAUGGGAAAGAGAUAACACAGGGUAAACUGAAUACAAAAAACAACGAUAAAGCUGGUUUGAAACACUGUGAUACUUUGAAAGAAAAAGAUAAAAAUGGUAAAAAAAGUAAUAAAUCAAAAGAUGUGCUACAUGGUACUGAGAAGACAGCUGUUUCAAAAAAGGAGACAACAAAUUCUGGGAAGGUGCCAGAUGUCCCAAACCAACAAAACGGGACAAAGAAGGAGCAAAAUAUUAAACACAAACAACGAAGCAGUGAAAAUAUGCAUGUGAAAAGCUUGGGUGAUAGUUCACAAAAUUGUAAUGUAAAGCAGGUCAAAAGGUCAUUGGUCAAAGUUCCUGCUUUACCAACAACAACAACAACUGGGGAAGUUGAAAUUAAUUCAGAUCAAAAUCAACUAAGAAAAACUACUCCAUCUAAACUACCCAAACCCAGAGGCGUUUUAACACCACCUAGAAAAGACAUUUACAAAGCAGCGUCUGUGUCAGGCACAAACUCUUCACAUAAAGAUAAAAUUAGUGUAAAAUAUCCAGGGAGUCAUGUCACAGUUCCAGGCAAUUUUGCUACUGCAAGCGUAUCACUACAUGAUGAAGGAGUUGAUGGUAAAAAAACACGACAAAGGAAAGUUGCAAAUAAAGUAGCUAGGCCUAGGGCUCAAAUGAGUUCUCUGAAAGGUGUGUCCAACACAUACCGUAAUACCUCACCCUCUGUUAAGGGUGACCCAGCUUGUCCCCCUGACAUGCAAUCUGCUGACCAAGAGAUGAAUUUACAUGUUUUGAACAGUGAGGUGUUAAAUCGGUCAGCAUGCAAAGGUUCGAAUAAGUCUCCGGAGGACAGUAUGAAAAAAGGUGUUGUCGCUAGCACUGAUUUGACAAAAGUACAAAAAAACAGUGUGAAGCAGUCUGAUUGCUGUAAUAGAUAUCCACCUAUUAGCCAUUCAAGAGACAUCGCUAAGUCUGUUCACCCCCAGGGACAUGUUUUCUCCAACAAAAGAGUCCAACAUCACUCAUCUGUUAAGUCUGCACAGUUAGGUGGCAGUCCAGGUACUUUAACCAUAGGAAAUACAUCAGCUCCUGUGAGAAAGGAUAGUGAACACAGUGAUUCAAACUUAGCUGAUGUGAAUGAACAGACAAAGUGUUCAGAUAACGUAUUGACUAAUACAGACAUCGAUUGCCAAGAUAAUGAGCCCUUGUAUAUUCUAAAACAUGCACAGUCAAUUAGUCUCAAUGAUCUGCUGGAUGAAAGCAAUAUGGAAUCAGACACUGAUUCCACGCUUGACUGCAAUUCUGAAGUGCAAGGUGUGGCCACAAACAUUUAUAGCAGUCCUGGUGAGAUGAGCCAAAUUACCAGGACAAUGGCUGCUUCUGAUAUCAAUGCUGAUUAUAUUAAAGAUGGCGUGCAUGGUAGUCAGGAAACUGAAUACCAUAAAAUCAACCAGCCACUUGUAAGCUUAAAACCAACCAAUAAUUUCUCGGAUACAGGUGUGUCUAAGCAUGUUGUAAAUAUCAACAAGAAUGCAGUGGGUGGAGACGAACAUGGGUCAGAUCAGUGCACAAUUAGACCAGAGAUAAUGAACUCAGUUCUCGAUUCGUGUACCUCUUCAGAUCAAGAAGGCACACAACGCCAGACUUGUAGUAAAAUACAGUCUGUAUCAACCACAGUAAAAAAAUCACAGUACUUGCACGUACAACAUGAAUUACCAUUAUCUGGUCGCUCAGAAGUAUUUGAUCGUUUACAGGGAAACAGUGGAUCCCCAGUAUGUGAUACAGCAGAAACUGUUGAUAAAGUUUGUGAAGGAAAUACAACCGAAUUGUUAGAUUCACAAAACACUGCAGAAAUUGAUGAAAAUGAAAAUCAGGUUGGACCAAGUAGGUUGAUAUUGCAUCCAAGUUUGGUACAACAGGAAAGAGUACAAAAAAAGUAUGUGAUGAUUAAAGAUAAAUUGUUAAAUGAGGAAAACUCAUCGAUUAGAUCAUCUCGUCUUCCGCAGUAUGUGAACAAGAACAAUUUUCAUAAGUCAAUUCCUACCAAACCAAAGAUAUCUCCUUGUCCCACUUUGCAAUCAAAGAAAUCGCCUGACAGUUCCAAAGUACAGCGCAAUCGACUUGUAAAUGAAGCGUAUAAACAGGGAGGAACAGCCAAAAGUGUAGACAGUUGCAGUCAGUCAUCACCGCCUUUAAUUGCAGAGUGUCCUACUACACCUGUGGCUAUACAUGUUGUAGAUGAGUCUAAAAACAUGGCUGAAAAUGAAACAUUUAAUGCCAGGCACGGCCUGACGGAAGUUAGUUCCACAGGGAGGUCGUGCAUGACAGUGACCCCGUCCUCCAUUAGUCCAAUCAUCGAUCAAGAAAGUGCAGAGAGACUUUCUUGUCAAAUGCAAGAACUCCCAAGAGAGAGAAAUGAACAGUUAGUACUACGAAAACAACUUGGCAAACCAAGUGGCGUUUACAAUCCAUAUACUCCAGCAUUGAUUGAUUUCUAUGGUAAAUUAACUUCAUUGAUAGACAUUGUGCUCAGUGAUAUAGGUUGUGACAAUUCAGGAAUCCUAAUACUCAACUUACAAAUGUACAUUUAA